UAUAUUUCCUCAUAUAUAUGAUUAUCUACUGUAUAAUCUUUUUGUGUGAUGCUUAUAUAUAUAUUGUUGUGACAAAUAAAUAAAAUAAAUAAAAAGUCUUAAAGUUGCCAAAGUUGGAGACCCCUGGUCUAGUGCAGGGGUCUCCAACCUUGGCAACUUUACGACUUGUGGACUUCAACUCCCAGAAUUCCUCAGCCAGCUUUGCUAGAGGUGAAGUCCACAGGUCUUAAAGUUGCCAAGGUUGGAGACCUCUGGUUUAGUGUAAGCCAACAAGAAUAAUUUUUACUGACUGGCUCAGGAAUUCUACAAUAUUUAUGAAUUUAAUCAUUUUUAUAUCAAAAUAAAUGGGCUUUUACAUGAUAUAUUGUUUGAUGAAACAGAAAUUAUAUGCCAUGAUUAAUUCAUCAAACAGUUUGAAAACCUUGUUAUUGAUUUACUUAAAAAGAAUGAUAUAUGUUUUGAAAGAUACAAGUUGAAAAUGUUUUCAAGUACUCUUAAGACACAGCAUCCUUAAAAGUUCCUUAAAUUGGAUCCUAACGAAGAGAGCAACAGCAGAGAGUAAAGAUACACACACACACACAGCCUGCCAAAGUCCCAGGGAGAAUAUCACAAUUCAAUAUAAUCAGUGAAUAUUAUUAGCAUGAGCAGCUGUGGGCAAAUGAUCUGAACUGCAAGAAACCAUUCCACAAGAAUAUUUUGAGCCCAUAAAUAUUUCUAACAAGGCCCGUCAUUUUAAAUAUUUGAUUUAGUGAAGUCAUGUUUCAUUUUGCAAUAAAUCAUAAAGUGGUUCAUUAACUGCAUAAAUCGUUUAAAUAAGUUAAGUGGAAUGUUUAAAUUUAAAAAUGUAAAUUUGGUAUCCAAAGCACGCUAAACCCAAAUGCAGUUUGCUUAUGUAUGCUGCCAACUGUGAUUGUAUAAUUACGAUUUAUGAUUUACCAUGUUGUGUGAACCCAGAUACUCAAAGGGAUAUCUAGCUUUCUAUAAAUAGGAACAACUGUUAACCUGUUUAACUAAAUCAAAACCACCCAAAUCAAGAUCUACUCAUCCCAAUUCAAGGUCAUGAUGAAUUCUCCAGAAUUCUUUGUAUUUAUGAUUUAUUGUAGUAAUAAUAAUAAUGAUAAAAGGUAUGAAGGAAACUACAAAAUCAAAUCUUGUUUAAUUCUAAGAAAUCACAACGAAUUAUAUCAAUAAAUUGCUCCUUCCCAAUGUAGCAUCUUCCAAAUGUAUUUCCCAGAAUAUACAGGGGUGGAAUUCAGAAGUCUUAAAAAGUUAAUGCUUGUUUAAUCCCUGCCCAGUGAGAAACUGCUCUUAUUAUGUUAUAAUAUACGAGUUCAAAAGGUACAUAAAAAUAGCUUGAGUGACAGUUGAAUUCACCACCAUAGAUAUUGCAGCUCAUAGCAAUUGAAGGAAUGUCUUACUGGACAACUUCAACUAACUGUUGUUUGUUCACCAGGGAAUAGAAGGUAUCUUGCAGUUCUGACCAAGUAUGGAGUCAUCUUGUGAGCUGAAAGUUUUUACAGUGUUGAGAUCUUCUUUGGGAAUGCCAUCUGGAAAGACAAGAUCCUCCUCUACAUAUAAGAAGUGUUGAUACAGACAGCUUCCCAGAGAUACAGAGGAUCUCUCCAGGAAAGAUGGCCAGCCGAAAAACCAAAAAGAAGGAAGGUGGUGCCAAACGUGCUCAAAGGGCUUCCUCUAAUGUUUUCUCCAACUUUGAACAGACACAGAUCCAAGAGUUUAAGGAAGCUUUCACCCUAAUUGAUCAGAACAGAGAUGGCUUCAUAGAUAAAGAAGACCUAAAGGAUACCUAUGCAUCAUUGGGUAAAACAAACGUCAAAGAUGAUGAAUUAGAAUCUAUGCUUAAAGAAGCUACAGGACCUAUUAAUUUCACCAUGUUUUUGAACUUAUUUGGGGAAAAGUUAAGUGGUACAGAUACUGAAGAGACUAUACUGAAUGCAUUUAAAAUGUUUGACCCAGACGCUAAAGGCAACGUUAACAAGGAUUAUAUGAAACGCUUAAUGAUGUCCCAAGGCGAUAAGUUUACAACAGAAGAGAUAGAUCAGAUGUUUCAAUGCUCCCCUAUUGACUCAGCAGGAAAUCUGGAUUACAAAACUCUCUGCUACACCAUCACACAUGGAGAUGAAAAAGAAUGAAAUUCAUAAGAUUUAGGAAGUUAUGUUAACAUCUGUCACAUUAAUUAAACAAAACGACAAAACAUUUCUUGCUUUCUCUGUGAUUUGAAACACUUAUUUAAACAGCCAUCUUUCCAGAUAUUGAAUUGAUGUUUUUAACAAGAUCACUUGAAACACACAAAUCACAAAUCACAAAUGCGUUUUUGUGUUACUGAACAGUUAAAAAAGAGAAGAGUUACAGUGUGCACCUUCACAUUGUAUUUUAAAUAUACUUUUAAAUUACGGUAGCAUUUAUUGCAGGGAUACUUUUAUGCAGGUGAAAUUUUCAAUUGGUGCAUCUCUGUAUAUUCCAGAUGUUCAUUCAC